CGUUCGACGUAACAAGGCUUACCACUUCACAACGUAAUCGUCAGGGCAAUAAACACAAUACAAAUCUGAGCGUACAAGUGCUACUCAUACCAUGGGCAAGUCCGACACCAGCGUCGCUGCGGAAUUCUUCAAACUUGAGCUACUGCUGAUCCAGACGGCAGAUGAUGCAAUUAAAUGUGUUAAGGCCUUGAAAACCAACCUCGGCGUCUACGACAGGCGCCAUGGGCUGCACUUUGCCAACACGUCUAAGUCGUUCCUGAGGGGCAACAUUCGUACAGCGAAAGAUGCGGCUUCAGAGCUGCGACUUGUGGCGGACCAGAUUGCCAAAAGCAAAUUUCUAUCCGAUUGGGAAAUUGCCGCAGCUCGUAACAAGAUGAACGCUGCCUCUGAUGCCAUGAAAGAACUGAAGAGGCAGGCACGUGUCUACGACGAGAUGAACGGGAAGCCCAAAGGCAUUAUCCGCAUCAUAGACAACGUGCUCAUCGGGACACGCGUCAAGAAAAAAGGGAACCAGGACGACGACGCAGUAGACACUAUCGAUACCGUGGACGCAGUGGUGAAGCUGACGUUUCGGACAACUUUCAGUGGAUUCCAUGCCUUGAAACGUCAGAUUUCAGUUGCCGAGAAAUCACUGUCGCCGUCGCUAGUAGAGCGCGCAAAAGAUGUGAUGGAGGACGUAGUGAUCAAGCUUAAGGGAACCCCUGCCACUCGGAGUGUAAGCAUCUGAACUCGAUGCACCUGAGAAGCGUACACUAGACUUUAAAACUUCGUAGUUAUUAAAAUUACUGUUUAUAUAUACAUUUUUGCCAAAUGCGACAUU